CACACUCUCUCUCCCACUCUGGAAUACCAAAAAGUAAAAUUCCUACUUCAGCUUCUUUAGUGAGUUAGAAAAAGGAUUCUCACUUAGUCACUACGAGAAUUGAACAGAAAUCCAACAAGCUAUUGUGGAAUGCAAACUUUGUGCCUGAAGGGCUAAGUCCACUUGGAGGUUUUGUGAUAGCAAAACUAAGGUCUAUAUUGUGUACAUGGGUGCACUUUCUAAAGGUGAAGAAUAUUCACUAACAUCUCAGCACCUUAGCAUGCUAGAGGAAGUUCUUGAGGAUAGGGUAAUUCCAUUAAUUCUUUUACUGGAACAAACCAUCCAUUGGUAUAUGGAAAAGAAGUUCUUGCAUCAGCAGAAGAAGAUUGUAAUGAACAAUGGGCUCAGUAAUGAAUUGCCCCCUUCGUUAACUACUGGCUUCUUCCAUCUUCUUAACUAGAUGACAAAUUACGAGUGAAGAUAAUUGCCUUUUGUGUUUCAGACUUUGUUACAAACGCUGCUUAGAUAGUGAUUUGGUGAAGGGAAAGAUUUUGCUGUGUGAUCAGUUAUGUAUGGGAGAAGCAGCAAAGGAAACUGGUGCUCUAGGGGUGUUAAUGUCAGAGGUUAAAUAUUUUAACUAUGCUUCUCCAUAUCCUUUACUUGCAAUACAAAUAAAAAUCCAAGCUGCAGAGCAGGUCAAGUCGUACAAGAAUUCCACAAAGAACCCGGAUGCUGAAUUUGUUAUUGGUGCUGGCCAUAUCAAUCUAGUGAAAGCUAUAAAUCCUGUUGUGGUAUACGAAAUCCUAAAUGAUGACUACAUCAAAUUCCUCUGCAGUAUAGGAUGGGAUACCAAGAGGGUUAGAAGUAUUUCAGGAGAUAACAGCAGUUGUCCUCAAGGCACUAAAGGAAUGCCGUUGGAUCUCAAUUAUCCAUCAAUGACAGCUUUACUACAACAGAAAGAUAAGCCUUUUGCAAUUAAUAUUACAAGGAUGGUUAAGAAUGUUGGUUCAGCAAACACAAUAUACAAGAUAUCAGUCAUCACUUCCAAUUCUAUGGCAUCUGCGUCACUGGAGUGGUCUGAUGGCACUCAUACUGUGAGAAGUCCGAUUGUUGUGCACUCACUUUGAUAGAAGCAUGUAAAUCAGUUCAGAUGAAAAGUAGAAUGUGCUUUGGAUAAUAAGGUAGUGUUUGGUUUGUAUUCUCAACCUAUAAUGAGAAUGUCAUUUGUUGCACCUUUAAGUUUGAAUGCAUAUUUUAUUUUAGAAUAA